AUGCGAUUCUUAAUUACCUUGCUUAACUUGGUGGUGUUGACCUUGGUCCUCGAGUUCUGUGCUGCUGCACCCCUCACCUCGCCUGACCAAGACGUCUCCAUCGUCGCGGGCGACCGGACUCCCCUGAACAUCACUGGCAUCCCUGGAAAUACUUCCACACACGGCUUGGAUCCCGCCAAGACUUCGAAUAGAUGCUACGACUGGGACACGAGUGAGAAGUGGAAGGACGUCGGAGGGCAGCACUCCGAAUUCGUCAACCAGUCUGUAUACGAUCUCUGUCAGCAGAUUGCUGUUGAAGCCUACAAGGGGUUCCCUGCCGGCAACACGGUCAGUCACUGUAAGGAGGUACGCAAGGGAACACAAGGGAAAAACUAUGACCGCAGCAUCGGCAUCGCUCUUCGGUACGGGGGACCCCAGCUCAAGUACGACGAGAUAACCGCGGGAUAUUGCAACGAACGCAUGGAGAAGCCGUUGGACUGCGGGGCUGGUGGAGAGUUCGACCUGCAGGUCGACAACCCAAGCCUGCCCUUCCCUUGGGUUUCGGAUCGGUGGGAGGCUCUGGCUGACCCGAACAGAGGCAAAUGCCGAGCCAACGGAUACAGCAGUGAUUUUAAAUGA